AUGUCUCGAUUCUUUCCCCACGCAGCCUAUGCAGAAGACCAGCCUCUCGCCAAAACCAUCCUCACAACUCAUGUCCUUACCAGAGCAUUUCAAGCCAGCUCUCUAGGCGGGGCCGGAGUCGGACUCUCUCUCCUAACACUGCGCCGCCUCAAUGUCCUCUCCCCCCGCAUCUCGCCCCUUCCCGCCUACUUGAUGAUUCUCCGUAGUACCGGAACAGGCGCGGUCCUUGCUUUGGGAAUAUUGUCCGUGGGGCUGCCGAUUCGAAUGUCCGGGAGAGAAGCAAUUGAGUGGCAGGAUAGGAGUUGGAGGUUGAGAGGGAAUAAAGGCCAAACGGAACUUGACGACUGGACUUAUGCCGGGAUGGCCGCUGCCGCGGCGGCUGUAGCAUCAAAGGUGAAAGGGCUGGGUUGGAGAGGUGCUGUCGGUGGUAUAGGCGCGGGAAGUGUAGUGGGGAUCUUGAGCUAUAUGGGGUGGAGAUAUGGUGUCAAGGGUGGAAAGUUCGAGGAAGACGACACACCAUAG